UUUUUUUUUUUCUCCAUUGGGAGGGAUAUUCUAGCCGACCUAAACGAGCAGAACACCGUUAAAUCAGCUUUUAGUUUGAGUCACAAUUACGGCAUAUGAGUUACUCAGAAAAGCAGAUGAGUUUUUUUGCUGUGAGAUUCUGCAGGAACCUACAGGGAACAGGCUGUGAAGUAUUUGCUGUCAGGGCUGAAUUCUGUGUUCACCCAGUCGAGGAGUAGAAGCAUAUUCCAGAGUAAACUAAAAGAGGAAGAGCCCAUAUGUUUCCACAGGAGGGGUAGCUGUGAUCCUCUCUGAGUUCCAGGAGACCAGAGUAUUCCUCCUACCAAAGUGAAAGUUCUGUACCCAGUGUGAAAAGGAAAAGCAGCCACCCAGGUCACUGAUACCUAUUGACCAUAGAGUGAAUUUUUGAACUGCUCUGUUUUCUUCAGAGCAGGAGGCACUAAAGCAGCUUUUCUAAAAUGUUGCAUGUGAACAGUUAUGCUAAGCUUGAAGGGUGAAACCAUUUAACAGGGAAAAUAAACAGCCUUUAACCAAUGAGGAUGCAUGCUCUGGAUUUCAAAGGAGAAUGGUCAGCCCCAGCUAACCAGUUCUAGAUGAACCUGCUUGAGCAGGAGGCUGGACCAGAGAACCUCCAGAUGUCCCUUCUAACUCAACCACCCUGUGAUUCUGUGAAGACCAGAAUAUUACUGGGAUCCUUUACCCUUUGAACCUUAAAACAUCUCUUCAACGCUGGCGAUGCUUGCGGUAACCUUUGAUGCCGCGAGGGAAAGGAAAUCCCGAGGCGUACACUGUCACCGGGCACGCAAGGGGCUCGGCGUGUCCUGCGACAGGAAGGACAGUCCGGGGAUAACGUGUCGGGUGCCCUCGGGGGCCCUCCGGCCGCCGCCCCCGGGAUGGACGCUGAGGAGCCGCUGUCCAGGAGGCUGGAGAGGAAAGAGAGACUCCGGGCCUUCCCAGGAGCAGUGCCAGGUUACAGCACCGUGGCCUUUGACGGCACCCCCAGCUACGGCCACACGCCGUCCCACCCCGCCGCUCAGUUCACCAACCACUCCUUCAAACACGAGGACCCCAUCAGCCAGCAGCCCUCCCUAGGGGACCAGCAGUACUCGGUGCCUCCCCCGGUGUACGGCUGUCACACGCCGACCGACAGCUGCACGGGCAGCCAGGCGCUGCUCCUCCGGACGCCCUACAACAGCGACAAUUUAUACCAGAUGACCUCACAGCUUGAAUGCAUGACAUGGAAUCAAAUGAACUUGGGAUCCACACUGAAAGGACACACAGCGGGAUAUGAAAAUGAGAACCACAGCGCUCCCAUGUUGUACAGCUGUGGGGCCCAGUACAGAAUACACACCCACGGGGUCUUUAGAGGCAUACAAGACGUCCGGCGCGUGCCCGGGGUGGCUCCCACCAUCGUGCGGUCGGCGAGCGAGACGAACGAGAAGCGACCCUUCAUGUGUGCCUACCCUGGCUGCAACAAGAGAUACUUCAAGCUGUCCCACUUGCAGAUGCACAGCAGAAAGCACACUGGUGAAAAACCUUAUCAGUGUGACUUUAAAGACUGUGAACGAAGAUUUUCUCGUUCAGACCAACUCAAAAGGCACCAAAGACGACACACAGGUGUGAAGCCCUUUCAGUGUAAAACCUGUCAGAGAAAGUUCUCCAGAUCUGAUCAUCUGAAGACUCAUACCAGGACUCAUACAGGUAAAACAAGUGAAAAGCCUUUCAGUUGCCGGUGGCCCAGCUGUCAAAAAAAAUUUGCCAGGUCUGAUGAAUUAGUUCGUCAUCACAACAUGCACCAGAGGAACAUGACUAAACUGCAGUUGGCCCUUUAGACAGUUCAAACAAGUGAAAAAAGCAGAUGGGACAUUAUAAGCUACUGCAAACUUUCUCAGCCAUCCUCGAUCACCUCUGUCAGAGAGCUGCAGCUGUCUUCGCAUCCUAUUUGACACAAGUUAACUAAAACGUAGGAUUCUGCUCAGCCUGCCCUUCCAUCUGGAGCUGCACAAGUUCCUAGUCAAUAAGUUCAAGAGGUUUUUACUUGUGGUUUUGUACAAAAGUAGGCGAGACCGCCACAGUUUCAAGAUGACUAUAAACUGUGCUCAGCUUUCAUGUCUGUCUCCAGCUUUUUUGUGUUAUUUUCACUCGAACUUUUCUAGGUACAAAUUGCUGUGCCUUUUUAAUUCCUGCAGUGGGUAGGAUGAUUCCUCCCUGUUGAAGGUCAGCUCUACACUUACAUCACCCCUGCAUAUGCUGAGGCUCCCAAGUGCUAGUACAGCUUUCCUCACAAAACGAAGGAACAGUCACCUGAGAUACUUCUGGUAACCUCUGUACUACCAAAGGGCAGACUUUUAGAGUUGGAAGCUCUGCUUUUGAAUUUCACAAAUCAAACCUUUUCUAAAAGGUUAUCUUUCUAGAGCAGCUAGAGCCAGAUGAACCAGGGCCUCUCUGUACAGAAAAUAAGAAUCUUACCAUUAAGUUAACUUGGUUUUUAAAGAAUUGCAUAACUGAACCCUUAAAACUGUUUUGUUUGUCAAUUAGCUCUCUCCUUUUCUCUCUCUCUUUUUAAUGUAUUGGUUUAAAUUUAUUCUAUCAUGAGAUGCAUAGAUGUCCUUUACACAAAACUAAUUUCAAGCAUUGUAGACAUUUGGGAUUUGUUUACAAUGUAAAGCCACACUGGUUAUGUGGCUAGCAAGCUGUAUAAACUUAAAACUGAACUUCUAAUGGGGCUGGUCCAGGAUCUCCAUUAACAGAUUACUCUUAAGAUAAGUAACUUAAAAAAGACUCUUUGUCAAGUAUAUGUGAAAAAGACAUUAUUAGUGUAAGGAAAUAUAUUAUUUCAGGGGUUUGGGAGGAGGGGUUUAUUAUUUACUUUUAAUUGCUUGAAAUUGUGUGUAUAUAUAUAUCUGAUAAUGUAUUGCUCUUAGACAUCUCCAAUUAGAAAAUGUAUAAAUAUUAGAAGCAUCACUGUUCUGAUGUCGUUGCUGUUACAAACUAUUGAUAACACUAAGAAUGUAACCUGCAUUUUUCACCGAGCUUUCAAUUAAAGCCCAU